AUGUUCCGGUAUACAUACCUCCGAAAAGCCUGUGCCGGCCUUUUUACCAGUCCUGUCUUGGGACGAACUAAUUUGUCAUGUUCAACUUCUUCAAGUUUGAUCAUUGUCCAAGCUAGGACCUCCCUUUGAACAUGUUUUGAAAACUUUUCCGAGAAAAUGACCUUUUCCAAGUUCACCGAACACAACACAGUUCUAAAAUACGGAAUUCAAUUAUUGAGUGUCCGUCGGUGUUUCUUCUUCUUCUCCUUGUUUCCCCCGACGGAACGUAUGUAUACUUGGUGUGAGUGUCGGUCGAUUUCAAACGCUCAAAGACAAUUGAAUUGGAAUGAGAAGCGGGCCGCGCCAUCUUUUCCUCUUCUUCCGCACUCGCGUUUUGUAAAUGGAUAGGACUUUGAAUCGAGUUGACGAAGGCUCGGCGGCAGUGUCAAGUAGAUCACAAAUUGCUGAGAGGGUGAAAACUGAACAUGUCGGCGGAAGGAAAAGGGCAAGGACACCUCCCUCAAUGGCCAAAGCCCACGAACACUUUUAUCGAGCUUCAAUUAAUCAAUUUCUUCGGCCCCGGCUGUUUUUCGAAUAUUACAGGAUGUUGAUUAUUCGAACAACCAACUUUUGGACUUUUGGCACUCUUUCACGAGAAUGUUGCCCCGAAAGUGUACUUUUUGGUAUUUUCAGCAAACUGUGAUGUUGAUUUGACACUGAUCGUAGGCAAACAACUUUCAGAUUACCGAUAGUCAUUCAUUUUCAAAACAAUCUAUGUCCGCUGCCGGUAGAGAUGCAAAACAGUUGGCAAGUUAAUAAUUGAAACAUUGUGUAACUUUUAACAGUUGAACACUGUUUUAAAUAUGUCUACAGACCGUGAGAUACACCGUUUUGAACGUCUUCUUCUUCUUCUUCUUCCCAUGUCUCUCCCCACAAUAGUGAUGUGUUCUGUCGCCGUGCUCACUGGUGUCGUAGUCGUCCUCUUCCAAUUGAUUCCUCCUCCUUCCACGGUUAUUUAUUCAAUUCUCCGUCUCAGUCGCCCAAUCAACUCGCUCUCCUUCUCCUCAAUAAAGAGAAAACAAAACAAAUGUUCGAAUCUCACGCACCACGGAUUCUCCUUGCCCGCCCUUUCUUCAUUUCUUCUUCAGGCAUCUUCUAGAAGCUUCACUGCAGAAUAGGGAAGAUUCGGAAGAAGAAGAAGAAGAAGAAGAGGAAGAGAUGGACGGCGUCGAAGAGAACAGUUGCAUCGAUGUGAACGCCAUCCUCAAGCAGUUCAACGAUUGGACUGUACUUCUGGAGGUUCGGGUGAGUUUCCAGAAAGAUCCCGUCGAUGUUCCUGACGUUGCACUUCAUUCCAGCUCGCCUACUCCUCCCUCUACACGUUCAUUUUCGUGACGGGAGUCAUCGGAAACGGCCUGCUGAUCUCGUCGAUCCUUCUGCGGAAGAAGAUGUCAGUGGCGAACAUCUUCCUGAUAAAUUUGGCAGUUUCAGACCUGGUAACUUUUUCUCUCCUAAAUUUCCUCAAAAGUGUGUUCGGUUGCAGCUUCUGUGCAUCACAGCGGUGCCGAUAACGCCGGUGUUGGCGUUCAUGAAACGCUGGAUGUUCGGCAUAUUUAUGUGCAAAUUAGUGCCCGCUUGUCAGGCGUUUUCCGGUGAGUGUGCAAAUGUGCUCCAACGAGAAAACGUAACUCGUAAACAAAUAGUUUCAACGAGUACAUAAACGUUGCUCGGCAAAAACGGAAAGCUAAAAAUAGAGGAACGUCACUUCAAUUUCCGUGUUUUCAGUUCUCAUUUCGUCGUGGUCUCUGUGCUACAUCGCCAUCGACCGCUAUCGGAGCAUUGUGACGCCGCUCAGGGAGCCGUGGUCCGACCGGCACGCUAGGGUUAGAGCACUUUUUGAUUAUACAAUAGAUUUCACGCUUCGAAUGUUUGUUGACAGUAACCUACAGUAGUCGCAGUGCUGAGACAUUUAAAGGCGCAGUACUGCCGGGAUUUACGUAAAGUGCGGUAGAGCGAAACAAUGAUUUCAGUGGCUGCUGAUGUUCACCUGGAUCGUGGCAUUUCUCGCCAGUUACCCCCUCUAUUACUCGCAGAACUUGAAGACGAUGGUCAUCGAAAACGUGACGCUUUGUGGUGAUGUAACGACAAACCCCAUUGCAAAUAGUCGAAUUUCCAAAUUUGCAGUUUUGCGGCGAAUUCAACUGGCAAUCGGACAAACUGUCCAAGUUGAUAUACACGACAAGUUUGCUCAUCAUCCAACUGAUAGUUCCUGCCAUUAUUAUGUCAUUCUGCUACUGGAAGAUUCUUCAGAAGGUACCAGAUCGACCACAAAUUCGAUCAAUCCCUUGAUGCUUCAGGUGCGAACCGAUUGGCUGGUCGAUGAGGGAUCGAUGCUGACUGCGGCGCAGCAGGUGAGACGCAGACAGUGGUCUGGCGCGGCGGCCCGUUUUAUGGCUGUUUCCGCGACAGUUCAUAACAUGCACAAGUGGGGGUAUAGUCGGUUCAACUCCGGGUGCCCCCUACUUCCUUUUUGAUUCAAUUUUGUUCGUUUCAGGCCCAAACGGCAGUGCGCAAGCGGCGAGUGAUGUACGUGCUGAUUCUGAUGGUCAUUGUGUUCAUGGCUUGCUGGUUUCCGUUGUCAGCGGUGAAUUUGUUUCGAGAUCUCGGAAUGCGAUUCGAUCUGUUUCAAAGUAUCUACAAAGUGAUGGUUAUGGAUCAAAUGUACUUCAAACUGCUGAAUGUUCACGUCAUUGCGAUGACUUCGAUCGUCUGGAAUCCGGUGCUCUAUUUCUGGAUGAGCAAGGUACUUGAGCAUUUAGGUAGUUCCUAGGGUCACAUUUGAUAGGGACCUAACUGAAUUUCAUACUAUCUUAUUCCAAUCAAUCAGAACUUACAAUAUCACAGACCUAACUUUUCCCACUCAAAACUCUGUGCCAUCUAAUUUUCGUUUCUGUUUGCAGCGCCAUCGCCGCGCGCUCAAAGACGACAUGACGUGGCUGACGAACGCGCGACGGCACACGAACGUGGGCGUGCUCUCCCGAUUCACGCCGUCACCGUCGGUCUCGGUGGUCUACCGACGAACUCUGGAGCGACAUCUCGGCGUCAAUCAUUUCCGGUGAGAGAAACCGGGAGCAGUCUCUCCUCAUUCUCGUCUUUUUGGCGCCGCCGGCUAAAUGUGCGCCUAAAUGUGAUUAGAUUGUUUGAGCGGGAAGAAGAAGGGAAAGACGAGGCGCAACACUGAUUCCUUUUGACUUUUUCACGCUUCAUUCGCAAUGAGAAUAGGGGGGAGAGGCUGGAUAAAGUAAGGGGACUUUUCGCAAUUGUGAUCACGAAAAAAUCAAAAUCAGUAAACUAGUCAAACCCACAUAAAAACUAAGCAUCGAUUUCAGCCGCGGGACGCUGGCGGAUCCAACGUGCACUUCCCGUGAACGAAGUCUGCCGCGAGAACUGCAAUCCAAUUGUUUUCUUCUCGUUCCGCUCAUGCCUUUAUGCCAGUCGGUGACCAGAAAAAACAGCCAUUUGGCUAUCAAUCGAGACGGGUGAGUAUACUCAAACCCUUUGCUGAAAUAUUAUUGAGGCACCGGACAGAAAGGGCGCGCUGUUCGCAAUCUGGCCGUAUCUCUAGGCCGCGAAGUAAUUUUCCACUGAAAACGUGGCCUAACUUUUCAAACUCGGCCCCGAGGUCGCAAAAUUUGCACUGCAAAAGAGUUUCUCAACAGAGCGCCAUUUCUGUGCGGUGCCCCUAUAAUAAAGGGUGUAAUUUCAGAAUUGUUCUCCCACAGACGAAUGGUUCUAGUCGGCGGCCGAGCAGUGUAAACACCAGUUCAACUCGGGAUUGGUGA